AUGGGCUCAAACGUAGCUUCAAAGCGACUUUUUCAAGAGUACAAAGCUCUCUUGACGAAUCCACCUCAGGGCAUAACCGCAGGGCCGGUAACUGAAGAUGACCUGUUCGUAUGGGAGGCCCUGAUCGAAGGCCCCGAAGGGACACCGUACGACGGUGGCAUCUUUCCUGCCGAGCUCAGAUUCCCCAAGGACUAUCCUCUGAAUCCUCCCAAGAUGAAGUUCCUCGGGGAGAUCUGGCAUCCUAACGUAUACACCAACGGCGAAGUCUGUAUAUCUAUUUUGCAUCCUCCUGGCGACGAUCCGAACCACUACGAGAGUGCGUCUGAGCGGUGGUCACCUAUACAGAGCGUGGAGAAAAUACUUAUAUCCGUCAUGUCCAUGUUGGCCGAGCCCAACGAUGAGAGCCCGGCCAACGUAGAAGCCGCAAAAAUGUGGAGAGAGCGACGUCCAGAGUUUGAAAAGAAGGUUAGACAGGGAGUGAGGCGGUCACUGGGUCUUUGA